CCCAAAUCAACCGCCACUAGCAUUAUUCUUUCAUGAUGCAAGCAAAUCUAACAGUGCCACUGACCCCAGACGCCAUGCUCGAGUUCGCUUUGCCCGGAUUCACAUUUCUGUCUCAUUUUCUAUUGACCCACUUCAAUUUUGACCUGUCCCAUUAUAAUUACAUUUUCCUCCUCAUCAUCAGUAUCGGCAUGGCAUGGCGGCAUUUUCUGCAAUUGUUUGUGACUCCACUAAGCUCUGCCUUGGCAUAUCUUAGUGACUCAUUCACUUGCAGAAUAGAGGUACAAGGCCAGGACAGCAUCUACAGAUAUCUCAUGUACUGGGUGUGGAACAAGGUUAUCAAGCAACGCCAGACCCAGCCCUUGCACUUCAUCCCCUCCACGGAGGAGCACCACUUUUUGUACGCCAGCCCUUGGUACUCUUGGUGUUUCUGGCGCUGGAUCAAGUUCCAGCGCACCAAAAGUAGCGAGGACACGUAUGUCAACGAUCGAAUCGUCAUCUCCUGCUGGGGACUGCCGCUCUGUAACUGGGGCCUAGGCAUGCUCAAGCAGCUGCUGGCCGAAGCGCAGCAGACGUGGCUUGACAAAGACCAGGAUAAAGUCGAGAUUUGGAGUGCCCGAGGGGGGGCGUGGCACCCGUGUGAUGGGCGUGUUCCCAGGCCGCUGGACAGUGUGGUGCUUGACCAGGAAACCAAAGCUGGGGUCUUGGCUGAUAUUGCGAGAUUUCUCAUGAACAAAACCGUCUACGAGGUGCGAGGGCUUCCGUAUCGUCGGGGCUACUUGCUCCAUGGCCCGCCUGGAACUGGCAAGACCAGUCUAUGUUAUGCCAUUGCCGGACACCUGAAGCUACCGAUCUAUGUGAUAGACCCCAGUUCGUCUUCUCUGGACGAAAACAGCUUCCGAACACUCUUUUCCGAAUUGCCUUCGAGGUGUAUCGUUAUGAUGGAGGAUGUGGACUGUACGGAUAUCACCAAGUCACGGGCACCUGGGCACGACAAGAACGACCAGAACAUGAUGAUGUCUGGACGCCCCCUUACUCAGAACGGCAUCUCGCUCUCUGUUCUUCUCAAUGCCAUCGACGGCGUCGAUGCAAGUGAAGGUCGCAUUCUCAUGAUGACGAGCAACCACGCCGAAAAGUUGGAUGCGGCACUGAUCCGUCCCGGACGGGUGGACAUGCGCAUCGAGUUCAAGUACGCGGCACGUGACGAGAUGGAGUCGUAUUUCAAGACGUUCUACUCGCCUCUACAUACUCUGAGGCAUGUAAUGCAGAUCCAACAUGGGGAUCGAGUGCCCAUGAUCACAUCUGGAGACGUCGACAGGCUGGCCUGCGACUUUGCCGCACAGAUCCCCACGGGGCAACUUACGGUUGCGGAGCUCCAGGGGCAUCUUUUAGAGCACAAAGACGAUCCUCAAGCGGCUAUCGGAAACUUAGAGGUACUGCUCCAGAAAACGAAAACUCAGCGCGACGAGCGUGUCAAGGAGCAGUUGAAAGAGCAACAAGUGGAGAUGAAGAAGGAGAGGGAGAAGACCCUGAGCAAGGAAAUAGAGAUGGAGAGAAGGCUGCAGAGAGAGGAGUCUCCCGCUGAGAGAAAAAAAUACCAUUUGCGGUCACGGGGGCGAAUUGGCUACUAG